AUGUCCGAAAGGCCAUCCCGCCCAUCCAGUUCGCACUUGGAGCCCCCAAGCAAAAGCGUAGAGUUGGUGGACUCCGGGGCACGAGACUCCGCUACAAAUAGUGACGAUGAUCAUUUCUCAGACGCCAGCGAAGGCCAUGAACGUGCCCAUUCGCGCUCGGCGUCCGGUCGCACAUCUCCUGUUCCACUGACUCGGGUAGAGAAGGUUGACGAUAGUCCUUCGCACGGCGACAUUCCUGGUACUCGAGCAUACGAGCUAAGGGAGCAUGAUGCAGUUCCUGAUGAGAUUGAGGUUAUUCCGGAAGGGUCGCGCAGUCGAAGCUCCUCGACAGUGGGGCGACCACAGCGCCCUUUGACGCCGGAAGGUUCACCAAUUCCCCGGACAAUAGUUGAGAAAGUCGAUGCGGACGAACCAAGUCAUGGAGAGAUACCUGGAACCGAGGCGUAUGAAAAGCGCAAGGCUGAUGCGGUUCCCGAUAUUGUGACGACAGCCUCGGAUUUGGACACGAAGUCACUGUCGCACAGCCCGGAAUUAAAUGAGCGGGGUCUUAACGAGGGAAUCUCUACGGAUGCUGAUGUCCCCGAAACAGUCCUCCAAAGAGUAGAUACUUUACCGAAUGAGGAUACAGAGUCAAAUCCACGAGCACACCAAAGGCGGCCAAGUGAUGCAUUGCCCGACGUGACGGAAACUGUUCCAGAUGGCCCAGAUGCACUGUCACCGUUGCAAGAUAGCCCCCCGCAUCAGAGUCAUGACGAGCAGGAAACACCUGUGACCGGCGACGAUGGGGCAAACCCGGCGGCUGCAGAUGAUUUUGAUGAUUUUGCGGAGGAACAAGACAUGGGAGAGGAUGACUUCGGCGAUUUCGACGAUUUCGAUGAGGAUUUCCAAGAGCCCGGUACAGAGGUUGCUGAUGAGGAACUCGUGGUCCAAACACCUCAACAUACACCUACAGUUCCACCUCUUGCAGAUUUCGAUUCCUGCCAAUCACUUUCCGAUGUUUUUGCUGCCCUUGACGAACCUCUGGACCGUCUCUUUCCCGCUGCUAAGGAAGUUUCAUCACUCCCUCCCAUAGAGCCACUCCAAAACAACUCAGCCAUCUUCAACACUGAACGCUCUUUAUCAUUGUGGUCUCAGCUUGUUGCACCUCCACCACUACAGCCCCAAAAUUGGGUGAAAUCUCGGAUCCGUCGUCUCUUCCUGGUGUCGCUAGGAGUACCUGUCGAUCUCGACGAGAUCUUACCAGCUUCGAAACAAAAGAAACUUGUUUUGCCAUCAAUCAAUCCUGGUGGCCCCGACGCUACUUCGGGUACCCGUUCCCGUUCGGGAAGCCAAGUCAGAAAAGACGACGUUCAGAGUGGCGCCAACAGUCCGUCGACGUCUGGCCCACCACGGAAUAGGGCUUCAUGGCGGCGCGAACCGUCUCCACCACCCAAACUAGACCUCUCAGCUGUCCGACGCCUAUGCUCCACGACAGACGCGGCCCUAGACGGACUCACGGACGGCGAAUUACAGGGCCACGUAAAUGAGCUUGAAAACGUUACACUCCGCGCCAGCUCUGUCCUCGAAUACUGGCUGAAACGACGAGACGGCCUAGUAAGUGAGAAAGAAGCAUUCGAAGGCGUGAUUGAGAACCUUGUCAAUCACGCUAGGCGUGUGAGAAAAUAA